AUGCAUUAUAUUUGUACCAAAAUGAAACAACAAAAACAAAAAAAAUACCAUAAAACUGCACAAUACAUCUCCAGUCCAGGUUCCAAGUCUAAUAGUUAGUUGCCAUCAACCAGAAAUGGGAAGUCGGCAAAUUGAGCAUAUAUUCUCCAUUCAUGUCGUAACCAGAAGGUUAGCAGUCGAUCAUCACCGUGUUGAAUGAUAAACCGUACGAUUAUACGAGAUCCGGAGGGCUACCACUAUCAGUUCUAUACUUGCUAGCGUAACAUGUGAUGUGAUAUGAUAUCCCUAGUUGCUAGCCAAUGUAGUUGUACGAGAUUGAAACCAGUAACGGAGUGGACAACUUUCUCCUUACGUUACGCGGAUAGGAAAUGGACGGGAUGUGGAGUCCUCUGUCUUGCGCAUCAGCAGAACGAGGGAAUAAAGGGUUUUCUUUCUUGGGAGUGGAAAAAACAAAAAGGAAGGAAGAGACAACCUGUUGACGAGAUAUUCUCUGCAACUAAAGAAGCAAAAUGCAGAAUGAGUUGUUGUUCUCCCCUGCCUUCUAUCUAAAGCUGAGCAGAAACCACAAGAAACAGAAUCGAUGCGCUCUCAACUAUCUUGGUUCGCUCUCACCAUCUCUGGUUCCAUGCCAAUUGCCAUGCACAUUAUGGUGGUAGAGAAUCUUAACUUUCACGUCCAUGUACAUCCCUCCACUCGAUCUGUCACCACCUUAUCGUCGAAUCUUUCUUCCACAUCUCUGGUUCCAUGCUUGCAACUUUCUGUCUUCGGAAAAAAGAUUGAUGCUUUCCCUCGAUUAAUUGAUGGCUGUCAUUGCCCGUCCAAAUUGACAUUCCAAUUCAAUGUCGACCCCCCUGUUUUCUCAAACAGUAGUAUAAGAGAAAGGCAAAGCACUCUAACCCACACCAAACAGAGAAUGGGAACAGGGUGGUCGCAGGAUGACGAGGCGGCCGCCGCAGCUUCACAGCUGCAGCAGCCAACCCACCAAUCCACUGCGGACAGAGGUCAGCUGCCGCGACAGCACUCUGUUCAGAAACAGAGUGAAGAGAAACAGAGUCAAGGAAGACAGAGUGAGAAUAAAUCCAACACAGCUGAAAGAGUUGGAGAUGGCAAGUUCCAGGAGGCCAGGAACAGGACACCAGCGGCAACGCAAGCAACACAACCCAUCAUGGGCGGGGGUCAGCUGCAGCGGCAGCACUCUCAGAAACAGAGUCAAGGAAAUCAGAGUGAAGCAAAACAGAGCGAGAACAUAUCCAACAUGGUUGAAAGAUCUGGAGAUGGCAAGUUGGGGGAGGCCAAGAAUAGGGCAUCUGCAGCAACACAAGUGAAGCUUCCACAUAACUGGGAAGCUAUAUUGCGAGAAGCAGAUACCCCAAUUGAGCGUUCCCCUGAUAGGCAGUGCAAUCAACUCUUCUCUGGAGUUUUCUUGAACAAAAAGAGCAAGAAGUACUGGGUUGACAGGAACUCCAACAGCAACUGUUUCACUCUGUUUGCUAGAGAUCUCCUGAUCACCUGGGCUGACGACCCACGUUACUGGCACUGGCCUUCUGUAACUGAGACCAGAGAUGUUACGGUGGAAGCCGCAGAGCUUUUAGCAGUUUGCUGGCUGGAGGUUCAUGGGAACUUUGACACAGCAAAGCUUUCUCCUGGGACUUUGUAUGAAGUUAUGUUUGUGAUAAUGCUGAAAGAUCCGGCAGUAGGAUGGGAAGUUCCAGUGAAUUUCAGACUCACUCUACCAAAUAGAGUCAAGCAAGAGCACAAAGAGAACCUAAUAACGAAACCAAGAUUGCAAUGGAUUGAAAUCCCCGUUGGCGAGUUCAGAACUUCACCUGAAAAUAUUGGUGGGAAUAUGGAGAUCUCUAUGUUUGAAUAUGAAGGAGGAACCUGGAAGAAGGGGCUGAUUCUCAAAGGAGUCACCAUCCGACCAAAGUCCUCAACUACAUUGCGAUAGGGAGAUGAGAGUUUCCAAAAUAAUGAUACGUGGUUUCGGGUCGAAAUUCAGGACAAGAAGAUACAACACUCUGGAAAGAGGCUUAUUUGCUGGCCAACAAACUUAUUACUGAAAC